AUGCCAGCAGCAAAAACAACCCACGAAAUCAUUGCCACCGUUCUUAUCAUCGCCACCCUCGCCGCUACCACACAGAGCGGCGGAAACCCUUCUAUCACAGCCUACGAACUCCUCCAGUCUUAUGACUUCCCGGUGGGACUCCUCCCAGAAGGCGUAACCCACUACGAUAUCGAUGAAGCCACUGGAAAAUUCAAUGCGUAUUUUAAGGGUUCCUGCAGUUUCUCCCUUGAAGGCUCGUACCAGCUAAAGUACAAUUCCAAGAUCGGUGGGUACAUCUCCAAAGGUAAGCUGACCAGCCUUUCUGGGGUUAGUGUCAAAUUGUUUUUCCUUUGGGUUAACAUUGUUGAGGUUGUGAGGAAUGGGGAUAAUCUGGAAUUUUCUGUUGGAAUUGCAUCUGCGGAUUUUUCGAUUGACAACUUCUAUGAGUGCCCACGAUGUGGAUGUGGAUUGAAAUGCAAAGGCGUUUAUAUGAAUGCGCCAAAAGGGGAUUUUAGAAUUAAUUCAUAUGCUUCUUCAAUCUAG